UCUCUCUCCUCUUUCAUCUUCAUUAUUCAUCUCUCUCUACCAUUCGCCUAUUUGAUUCCUUCUCUUCCCAACCCAUCUAGAGCUCCUCUUACUUCUCAAAUUUAAACUUUUUCGAUUUACCCUUUUCAUUCUAUAACCAAUCGAAUCCGAUCUUCUUCAAUAUUAAAUCCCGGGUUUGAUUCGAACUGAGGGUAGGGAGAGAUCUACAUGGCGACUUCUUCGACGAGCACUGUCUACAUCCAGGUGAUUGAGGAUGUGAUCAGCAAGGUUCGAGAAGAGUUCAUUAGCAACGGAGGUCCUGGUGAUAGUGUCCUCAACGAACUUCAAGGAAUUUGGGAAAUGAAAAUGAUGCAAGUUGGAGCAAUACUGGGUCCUAUAGAUAGGUCUGCUGUGCAGAAAUCAGCACCUGGACCUGCAAUCACACCAGUUCAUGAUCUUAAUGUUCCAUAUGAGGGGAAUGAUGAAUAUGAAACACCCACAACUGAUUUACUUUUUCCACCAACACCAAUGCAAACGCCUUUGCCAGGAACUGCUCAAACACCAUUACCUGGAAUUGUCCAAACGCCUCUACCUGGAACAGCUGACAGCUCAUUGUUCAGCAUUCCUGGUGGUGGUACUCCCAUAUCCCCUAGUGACUAUCAUUCUGUUAAUGAAAAUGGUGGUGUAUCUGAGAUGAAACCUGGGAGGCCUAGCCUAUUCAUGCAACAUCCUUCUCCCUGGAUGAACCAAAGGUCCCCUUUAGGUGUCGACGUAAACAUUGCAUAUGCAGAAGGACGGGAAGAUUUGGAGAGGGGCUUGUCCAAUAGGCCCAUGACCCAGGAUUUCCUCGCUGCGAAUGCUGGAAAGCGUAAACGGGAUGAUUUAGCUUCUAAGUAUCGUGGUGGUGGAUACAUACCACAACAAGAUGGAGCUGGAGAUUCUAUCUUAGAUGAUCCUAAGGCAUGUAAAGAUAAAUCAACUCAAUAUCACAUUGGAAACCUUGAGAUAUUGACCAAAGGGGUAAAGUUGUUUCCAAAGAUUCCUCAACUAGAUGGGCCAAUUCCUGAUCCCUAUGAUGAUAUGCUCUCUACACCCAAUAUAUACAACUAUCAAGGAACUGUCAGUGAGGACUACAACAUAGUCAAUACACCAGCUCCCCAUGAUCAAGCGCCUACUCCUGCUGUAAUCACUCAAAAUGAUGUUGAAGAUGUUGACGAUGAUGAUGAACCCUUGAAUGAGAAUGACGAUGAUGAUGAUUUGGAUGACGUUGAUCAAGGAGAAGAUGUUAAUACACAACACUUAGUUUUGGCUCAGUUUGAAAAGGUUACACGAACAAAGAGCAGGUGGAAAUGCACUCUCAAGGAUGGCAUCAUGCACUUGAAUAACAAGGAUGUUCUCUUCAACAGGGCAAAUGGAGAGUUCGAAUUCUGAAUUCGUUUUGGAAGAAUUUUGGCAGCAUGUUGCAGAUGCUGUUGGGUGUUUGUGGUUUCCUUGUUUUGGUUUUCAGAGAGUUUGUGCGUUCGUUAAUAGUUGGGUCUCGGGUUGUAUAGAACAAACAGAAACAAGGUUUCAUCGACUUGGUAGUAACAGUAAUAGUAGAGUGUAUGUAUGUUAUCCGGAAAUCUGUCUAUUGUUAAGAAUUUAUUUAUAGCAGUUAUCACUCUA